CAAAUAUUUGUAAAGAAUAAAUAUGAGCUAUAUAUUCACUGACAACAUCCUUAUUUAUGCAUACAUGAUAAACAUAACUUACAUAAUUCCACAUAAGAUGAUUAUGUGAAUUUCAAUUAGGUUAAAUAAGACAAGUUACCUUUACUUCACCUGGUCUAUAUAUGUUGCUUGAGCUAUGUUACUGUCAAAAGAAACAGUAUUUUGUCCAAUUCAGUUUACUUAAUUGUUCACUUAACAUUCCAUUUAUAUUAACAGAAAUGUACAAAUGGUGACAAUUUAGUUGCCAGUUUUAAUCUAAUUCUUAUCUAUUCAAGAUUGAAACGUCUGCAUCAGACAGUCCGGUAUCUGUGUCUAUUGGAGAUGUGAACAUAACUGGGAGGGGGAGAAGAGGGAGUAGAGGUAGAUCUGGGGGUAGAGGACGCAGAGCAAGAGGUCAGAGUAGAGGAAGAGGUGGUGGGUCAAGGAGCAGAAGUCGGAUUAGAGCAAGGGCAUCAGGAAGUAGAGUUGAUAGAAGGGAAGAAGAAGCAUUAGAAAAUGUCAACAAACGUUAAGAAACAUUAAUGAAUGAGGUGAAUGAAAUGUCAGAUGAGGAAAGAAAGGAACUAUGCCAGAAGCUUGUUAGGGAAUAUCCAUACAUGAUUCUGGAAAUCCUUAAACCAGCCACAAGACAUCCUGGAGGAUAUCACCCAGGACCUGGCCAAGCUUCACCAGACUGGUGUGUCUGCAGGCAUUGCAGGGAAAUGCCUACACAAGUUGAGAGGCAGUGUUGUGGGAAGGAAAACUGUGUUACUCUCUUGCCGGAUUUCCAAGUCCUUAUUCUAGAUGAAGGAGUGCUAGCAUUAGCAAGGCUGUAUAGGCGAGGUAUUUUAGUAUUUGAUGAUGAAGCAGAUAUCCGGAAGGCCAAUAGGCAUCAGGCUUAUAGACAGUUUGUGUUGUGGACAUAUGGUCGAUUGAUUGCUGGGGAUAGAAGAGUAGUACCUUCCUGCAGUGUCUGGAAGAUACGUGAUCGUUUCCCGGAUCCUUUUGGACAAUAUACUGGGUUUAAACCAUCAAGACUUGGUUAAGUUCAAGGCUGUCUUUUUAAGAAUUUAACAUCUUUAAUCUUAAAGGGACUCCACUGAGGUUAAAAAAGGCUAAAACAUAACCUUUGAAUUUCUUACAUAAAUGAGCUGGGGCACUUAUAACAGAAAUAAAUGCAAAGAUAGUAAGAAAUAUACUUUGAAAUAAAUUGAAAAUAGUAUUUUUAUAUAUGUCUUAGCCCGAUUUUAGUGAAAAGCGUGUGAUCACUUUUCAUUUUGGGUCAUUUAUUUACAAUUUGAAUAAUAAUUCUUGGAAAACGAAGUGCGUGAAUGAUCUGAAUUAUUGCAAGAAGAUUAGUGUUCUAAACCUACAUCAAAUGGUACAUUUCUCUGGAAAAA